AUGUGUCGACUAAAAUAUUUGAGAUUAAUCCUGAGCAAACCAUUAACAACGGAUAAUAAUAUAUUGAAUGGAAUGCAAUGGAAAUCAUUUCUUUCAACAUCAUUCAUUUUUUUGAAAACAUUUAAUUUUAAAUUUUCUAUUCAACAAACAUCCGAACAAGAUAUAUAUGAUCUUUUGAAUACAUUUAAAUCAAAAUGGUGGUUAAAAAAGAAACGAUGGUUUGUCGAAUAUGAUGCUCAUCAAAAUGUUCUCAUUACUGUACCUUAUUUUGCAUCAAAAACUUUUAAUAAUCAUCGUUCAUAUUCAUUUGGUUUUAUUCAAAAUCUUGAAAUUUUUUAUUCUAAUAUCAAUUAUUUGAAUAUUGAUUUACAUAAGUAUAAUGAAUUUGAACAAAUAUUGUCAGUAUCUCAAUCCGUAGUUCAACCACGUUUUCCUCAUGUAACACGACUCUCAUUGAAUGGAUACUUAACAACACAUGUUUAUGAUAAAAUUCAAAAUAAUAUUGAUCUUAGUAUGAUUAAACAUUUUGAAUUUUCAUCAACUAUUAAUACUACCGAAACUUUGAUUGAAUUGAUUAAUAAUAUGAUUAAUCUUUCGUCGAUUCAUAUUCAAUAUUUACAUAGUCUUGAUCUAUUUAUUGAACCUUUAUCACCAAAUCAUUCUAUUCGACAUCUUGUUCUAUUCGAUUAUGAACCAACAACAAGAAAACAACUUUUCUAUCAUAUAUGUCGACUUUUUCCACGAUUAACUCAUUUGACAAUAGAUUAUCAUUCACGAGAAGAGUUCUGUUAUUUAUUAAAUGAACUCGCUUAUCUUGAACAGUUCACAUUGCGUUUGACUAAAGAUCAAGAUGCACCAAAUUAUGGUUGGAUCAAGCAAUAUAGUAGACUGCAAAUGAAUGCAUUUGAAUUGAGGAUAUUUAACAUGACUCAUAAAGGAAGACAACUAGUUUUGUGGAUUAACACAACUAAUAAUAUGGAAGUUCAUCGUCAUCGUCAACAUCAUAAAUUCAAAAUGUGUUCUGUUCAAUAA